AUGUCAACAAUCGCCAAGUCAAUAAGACGCGUAAUUACCCCAAUUCUGUCAAUUAUUAUAUCUGUUCAAGGAUGUGUUAUGAUCUUCGGGUCCCAAUGUAUCAUUAAACUACUUUAUAGAAACAAUCCUAACAAAAGACAAAGAUACAUAGAUCAUACAGAAACUGCAUUUGUCUCUUUAAUUAUGUCAAUUUUGACAAUCUUUGCUCCUUCAUCUGUUAGAAUUACAACCGAGAAAGAUUCAAUUCCAUCAGGUUCAAUUAUUAAAGAUCCUAAAAAACGUAGAAUUAUUUCUAAAUUGUUACCAAAUUCAGUUAUGAUAGCAAACCAUCAGAUUUAUACAGAUUGGAUAUUUCUUUGGUGGUUAUGUUAUACUUCUGACCUAGCAGGUAAUGUAGUCAUUAUGUUAAAAGAAUCUUUAUCGAAAAUCCCAGUCAUUGGGGGUGGUAUGAAAAAUUAUAACUUUAUUUUUUUGAAGAGACAUUGGGAAAAUGAUAAAGUUACCAUGAAUAAAUAUUUAAAUAAUAUGAACGAAAAUUCAUUUGGUACAGGUCCAAUUGCAAAAGAAGUAAUCAAACAUAAAGAAUGUAAAGAUCAAGAAGUGAUUCGUUGGCCUUAUUGUCUUUUGCUUUUCCCAGAAGGUACUAAUUUAAGUAAAAAUACAAGAUCUAAGAGUGAUCGUUAUGCUAAAAAAAUUGAUAGAAAGGGCUUUGAAUGUUGCCUUCUACCUCAUGCCACAGGGUUAUAUUAUUCAUUAGAAAGUUUGAAACCAAGUUUAGAUGUGGUAUAUGAUGUAACUAUAGGUUAUUCUGGCGUGAAAAAACAUGAGUAUGGUGAAUUAAUUUAUACAAUGAAGAAUAUUUUCCUUGAAGGUAAACCACCAAAAUUGGUUGAUAUCCACAUAAGAGCUUUUAAAUUAAAUGAGAUACCAUUAGAUUCUAUUGAAGAAUUUACAGAAUGGUUAUUCAAAGUUUGGCAAGAAAAAGAUCAAAGAUUGAUAAAGUAUUAUGAAACUGGCCAUUUUGGUUCAGAUCCAUCAUUGAGUGAUCAAAUAAUUGAUGAUUUUAAGAUCAAUAGUUCAGAAGUCGCAAUGGUUAUGAUGUUACCAAUAUGUGGUAUCAUUAUUACUUAUCUAUUCUACAAACUACUUUUCUAA